UCAGCGCACAAUAUCGUGUGGCUCUGUUUUGAUCAAUCUAACUGGUCUAAAUCACUCAUUGCCAUUUAAAUGGCUGACAAAAGUCAAAUAUGUUCAAUAUGGCUAGGAUCCGAAACGGGUAUAUUAAAAGGUGUGAGUCUGAGCAAAAAGCAGGCGUUUAACUUUUGUGAAAUGAGCAGUCUGAGUCGUGAUCAGGAGGUGUGUGUGAUGGCUUGGGGAGAUGAAAACGAAUCGGAGGUGCUAGUGGGCAGUGUAAAUGGGACUGUAAAGACGUUCAGCACGGAUAAAGGCAUCUUCACAGGGAGCAGAGAAUGUGGGGAUCUAUCACAGGGCAGAUUCACAGGACUGGCUGUUACUGACAGUUCUUUGAUCACAUGUGUAGAGUCAGGAUUACUGAAGGUGUGGAAGGAAGGCAGUACAGACACAGUUGAGGUAAAUGUUGGCAGUGGAAUUUGCAGAAUGAGACAGAACCCGUCACAGCGCCAUCGUGUGGCGACAGGAGGGAAAGAGAAUCCUCUCAAAGUGUGGGACCUUGAGAGACCAGAUAAAGCUAUUUUCACAGCUAAAAAUGUAGCCCAUGACUGGUUGGAUAUGCGAGUACCUGUGUGGGUGAGAGACAUCGGCUUCAUCUCAGACUCAGAUAAAAUAGUAACAUGCACUGGACACCAUCAGGUGCGUGUGUAUGACCCCUCAACCUCUCAGAGGAGGCCUGUGUUGGAGGCACAGUUGGGAGAGUACCCCCUCACAGCUCUCUCUCUCACUGCCAACCAGAACACAGUGGUGGUGGGUAACACUCAUGGGGAGCUUGCCACUCUUGAUCUCCGGAAAGGGCUGAUGUGUGGGUGUCUUAAGGGUCUGUCGGGUGCAGUGCGGGGGCUUCAGUGCCAUCCAUCCCUUCCAUUAGUUGCCUCCUGUGGUUUAGAUCGCUUUCUGAGAGUACACAGCCUGGAGGACCGCUCCUUACAACACAAGGUAUAUCUGAAGUCACGACUCAAUUGCGUCCUGCUCUCUAGCCGAGAACUAGAGUCAUCUAGUGUUGAUGUUACUGGAGAUGUAGAGGAGGUGAAGGCAGAGGACGACAAGGAUGAAGACGAGGUUUGGGAUACCAUGGAAACGGUUACAGAGAAAUCCAAAAAGAGGCCUGCCGAGAAAGAGAAAGCAGCAGUUACAGGGGUAGAUGGGAAAAAGAAGAAAAAAGUAUCAAAGAAAUAAUAGAAAGACAAUUACGGUGUUAUUUGUAAAAGGACAUUUUUAUACACAGGGUUCUUUUUAAUGGGAACAAUUGCACCAUCAAUAGCCAAUGUUUAAUUUGGCUUUAUAAUAAUGUUUUUGUCAUUACAGUUUUUCAUUUUGCCCGUCGAAUGGUUUUGAACAUCUAUGGAAUGAUCUGAAAUGUGAUUUUUAGAUUACGAACAAAAUGUGAGCUGAAGCAUAUGAACCAGUUUGUCCCAUCUACCAUUGCAAUUCUGAAUUAAAAAGAAUAUUAGAAUCUAAUGACGUGUUUGUACAUCACAGGCACAAUGAAUGAAAAUAUGUACUUAGCAAUUGCAGUUUUCAGUUGUUGAAGUUUGUAUGUUAAUGGCUUUACCAUACUUCUUUAUGUAAAGAAUUCUAAACCAUAUAAUGUUUAUAUACUGUACAGUAAAUUUGAAUCGUACUGUAAGUGUAUUUUACUAGGGUAAGAAGAGAAGCAUCAAUCUGUGCUGGUUAAAAGACAGUAGCUUUGAGUGAGAAAAGCUGUGCAUACCUUUGCUGUGUGGGUGUGUGUAUGCACACAGUUUCAAUCUUGACCAUUACACUAUGCACACUUGAACACACCCUAUCCUAGCCCAUUCCGUGAUAAGAUAAGGGACAUCUUGGUUUGCUGUAGAAGCCACAUUGUAAAUGAGACAAUUUGUAGCUAAUGACUGACUUCUUUUUGAACACACUUAUAAAAUCAAUCUGUGGACUUCAAACAUGUUAAUCUUAUGAUACUAAAGUUACUUUAUUUGCGAUACCAAUACACAGGAAUUCAAUAAAAUGAAUCUAUGUUUAAAUGUU